GAGCGCAACAAGACGCGUUGGAGAGACUCACCAAGCGGGCGUGGAAAGUGCCAGUUUCAGCUCUGUUUGUAAGUUACUUUAAGCGAGAGUGGACAGAUUUUUGGAACAUAAGGAGGUGGAGAUUUUUUUUUCUCUCCAAGCGUGCGUAAAUUGAUUGGAGUGGUCGGGGAAGGAAAAUAGUCUUGGAGUGUCCACAGAAAGGCUACCAAAGAACGGGAGGAAGGCUAGUUAGUGAAAAAAAAGCAUCCGAAGUGAAGAGGAGUGCCUGGUGGAUAGAAAUGCUCUGUGAUAUUUUUUCUGUCACGUUUGGACAUUUCACGUAGUGUUUUGAAAAUGCCGUCGGUGUGCGCUGCGUAAAAUCCCCAGAUUUCUUGCAUGUUAUUAUAAGGAACAGUUACUUCUCUUUAAGGGAACUGUGAGCGAAGACUUCCAUAAAGAAAGGAGGCAAAACUGAAAGUGAGUCGCUACUGAACAGUCACGAACCAUGGUGAAGUUCCAUAACUCAGAUCUAUGGAUAGCCUGGAUGGUCAUUUUCUGCAUGGAGGGUUCAAGGUUUGAUCUACACAUCGGGAAAGUCUGUGUGCAGGCACUCGAUGUGACAGUGUCCCAGAGUAGUGUCCAGGUGGCUCGUGGCCAAGCAGCCAUCCUUCCCUGCUCCUUUACCACCAGUGCUGCACUCACCAACCUCAACAUCAUCUGGAUGGUGAUACCGCUGUCCAAUGCUAACCAGCCAGAGCAGGUGAUAAUUUACCAGGGCGGUCGAGUCUUCAGCCUCUCCAACCACCUCAAUGGUCGUGUGGGCUUCGUUGCCACCAUGCCAAGUACAAGUGCCUCCAUCUUCAUCAACAACACCCAGCUGUCCGACACUGGGACCUACCAGUGCCUGGUCAACAACCUCCCAGACAGAGGGGGGCGCAACAUUGGUGUAAUUGGACUCACAGUGUUGGUGCCCCCCUCGGUGCCAGCAUGUCGAAUCCAGGGAACGCUGGAUGUAGGAAGUGACAUCAUGCUGAUCUGCAGCUCAGAGGAAGGUAUUCCCACACCGUCCUACUCCUGGGAGAAGUUGGACGCACUGCCCAAGCUGCCGCACAACGCCAUGCAAGACCAGAUGCAGGGCACUGUUACACUGAGAAACAUCAGCACCACCACCUCAGGACUCUACCAGUGCACGUCCAGCAACGCUAUUGGAAAGAGCACUUGUCUGCUGAACCUGCAGGUUGUUGCACCUCAGCCUCAGAGUGUGGGUCUAAUAGCAGGGACCAUUGCUACAGGAAUCUUGGCAGUCGUCAUCUGUUCCCUGUUAGUGGCAGUCACGCUCUUCUAUUGGAAGAACAAGAACAAAUAUGACGAGGAGGAGAUCCCCAACGAGAUCAGAGAGGAUGACCUUCCUCCUAAGAGGUCAUCAUCAGUAAAGGCUUUCCAUGCAGACGCCUCCUCCUCAGAGAACGACACGCUGACAUCUACCAACACGUACAACAGCCGUUACUGGCACAACCCCAAGCCUAACUAUGACACCAACUCCUACACGCGCUACAAUGGAGACACUCGCCAGACCUUCUCCGCUGCUGCUCAUGGCACACACGGACACGGACAAGGCCAGAACACAGCGCACGGCCACGGUACAGCUGUCUCAGCUCCAGGCUCAACCCCACUGUCCCGCCAUCCUCCACCCACAACAGCAACGACAUCGUUUGCCAACGGCAGCCACACCCUCCCGCCACCAAAGACUCUGGUGGUCACCACAAACUCUGCCCCGUCCCCACCCGCCAUGGUGCGCAGCAACGGCUCUGUGAGCCUCAAACCGGUGGUGACGUCCGCACACGGGCAGCACACACACUCCUACGCCGUGAGCCAGGCUACCCUGGAGCGGAUGGGGGCAGUGCCGGUCAUGGUGCCUGCCCAGAGCAGAGCGGGCUCACUUGUUUAAAAUCAAGUUUGAGGAACUAUUAGCUUUCAAAACAAGACUAAAUGAGUGUUCGGGUGCAAUGUUUGGAAUCCACUGAUGAGAAGCAGACUGAAUAUGGGCUGAAACAGCCCGCUGCCCUUUACAAUUGUGUCUUUCUGUAUGUCUCGACCUUUUUAUCUCCAAACAAACUGGGAUUUUACAGUGCAGAGUUCAUUUGAUGCCAAUUCCUUGAUGGACCGGUGUUUUUUUCUUUUGUUUUCGUUUUGUUUUUUUGUAGACGAGCACUACACAGUAUGUGACCACCCCCCCCUUUCUAGAUGGAUUUAGGAACUAUUUUUAAAACCAUCUGGAUGAUUUCACAAGGCUGGAGUGAAACAUCCUACAGAGCCUGGAUUCUCAGGUGCUUUUCAGGGCUGGAUCAUUGUGAUGUUUUUUUGUUUUGUUUUGGGUUUUUUUGGCAUAAAGCAACACACAUCUCAGUGUGUCCAUACUGCAUGGCCAGACAAAAGCAAGCUCGGAUUCCCAAAUAAAUGCAUGUGACCCCCCGAUUCAGGACAUAAGAAGUCAAUUUUAUGUUUGGUUUUUUUUUUGGUUUGUUUGUUUUUUCAUUUUUUAACGCUGUUGUAAUUGUGGUUGAUGAUAAUGAUGGAGAUGAUGAGGAUUCUACAUGAAAACGUGAAUGUUUCAAAGUGUGUUGGCAGUACCCCAAAGAUGAAGGUAAAUGAAUGAAAUGAUGGGGUUUCAAAUGGCCUUAGAAGCUAAGAGAGGGGGUGUUGGGUGUUACUUGGUGCAAUAUAAUGCAUAAGAUACAUUAAGUCACUGAAUGAAAGCAUUUUAAUUAGGUUUUUGCACUUUUCAGAGCAAUUUUAUAUAACCUUUGAUGAUUCAUGAAUACUAACAAUAUGCUUUUCCCAUAAAAUAUAAAUUCAAAUGAUUCCACAUUCAGAGUAGUGGUAAUACUUGAAGAGAGUACCAGAGAAAAUUUGGGCACCACUUUCCCAACAGAAAGCUACUGCCCCCCCCCCCGCCGCCUAUAUUUGAGCUUGAACAUGCAGAUGGAUCUCAGUGUUCGCUGUCCUCGUUCUUGCUGUUGUCCUCGUCCGGUUCAUAACACGUCAUUGCUGCUUUGAGAAGAUGUAGAUAAGAUGAUAGCUUAUUUCAUAAAUGAUUUUUAAAGACACAAGAGAGAUAUAUAUUUAAAGCUAAAUUUUUUUCUCCUCAAAAAGAAUUGCUUUUUUUGUUUUUUUUUACUGUACAUAUUGCAAAAGUAUAUUUUACAGCUCACGUGUCUUAAUUUUAAAACUUUUUUUUGUUACAUUAGGUGACAAGCUGGGUUUGAUUGUGUUACUGGGAUUUUUUAAUGGUGUGCUGCCCUUUCAUUGCAGGAUUUGAGGUAAAAACAGUGUGUUUUGACAUUAAUGGCCAUAAGUUUUAACAGAGAUAAUUAAUACAUAUGCUAUAUAAGAUGGAACUGUAUUUCUGACCCACUGUAUGUGUAUUUCAACCAAAUUUCAGCUGUUAAAAAAAACAUCUGAAGUGUUCUACCAAUCCAAAUUUAGCAAUUCUCAUUUAUUUUUGCGCCUGAAUGCACAAUUUAUCAUAAUCCCUUGUAGCUAUGAUGCAAUGUUGGACACAGCAGCUUUUCAAGUUCAUGCAAUACUGGAAAAUGUGUUUGUUUGUUUUAUUAAAAUGUGCUGUUUAGCAUUUUAAAGUCUUACUAGACAAAACACUUGAAGCAAGUGUUCUGGCUCUAACAAAUUCAACUGUAUCACUUAAUUUAAAAAAAAAAAUAUUGUUUCAUCUACAUGACUUUACUGAUUUAAUCAAGGGUUGAUGUGUAUUUAGUUUAAGUCUUCAUACUAUUUGCCUGUCUGCUCUUUUUGGAAUUGAUGGAAUUUUUGCACUGAUUACUCUAACAUGUGAUGUGAUUUUCAUCUCAGUCACUGUUAUUGAUCAGACACACGCUAUCUGACUUAACUAAUAACAGGGAAACAGAUUUUUUUCAUGACUUUAAUAGAAGAAAAAACAAACAAAACAUGUACAACUACCUUUAGCUGCAACAACCUCCAUCAUAAGUUCCCAUGAAACUCGUGGACUGCUGCCCUGACACACAUAUAAAGUUUCUCCAAACCACGAUGCUUCCUCCAUCAUGCUUUACAGCUGGGAUGAGGUUUUGGUGUUUUUGUGCGGUGCCUUUUUCCCUCCAAACACACUUUUUAGUAAGCUGUAUCACCGUUAACUGGAGCUCACCCUCUUUCUUUCAGGAAGCCUGCUACUAUUUUUACACCUUUUCCGGCCUCGUGCUUGUUCUUUUAAAUUCCCGUGAAAAUGGCUGUGGUUGAAUCAUGGCUCAGAAAAAAACAAAAUAAAACAAUAAAGUUGUGAUUAAGUCACACUUUCUAAGACCAAAUUGUAUUUAUCAAUAGUUGUGACCUGGUGUACACUCAUACCACGUUUUAUGAGUAAUCAGUUCAGAAAUACUUUUCAAAAGGUAACAUUAACACCAAAUAUUUUGAAAUUAAAUACUCUUUCAGAAUAAUCCCACCAAAUGUUUUGAUAAAGGGAGCAAUAAUUAUUAGGUUAUAUGGGCCUAGUAUUGUAUUAUUAAUGGCCUUACAGUGAUGUAUAAUUGACACAUUAAUGAAAGCUGUCACAUAUAUUGACCUGGUGAUGCUGGUGUUCUAUCACAGUUUGUUGUUAGUGUUAUUGGCCUGCAGCUUGCACAGAUCUGGAUCAAACCUUAACCCAGAAUUGCUUUUCUGACAUUAUAAUAACAGCUGGUACUUUCAGAUCUCCAUAUUUUUCAUGUAUUCAGUAUUCAGUUAGUUACUAAUGUUAUGUAUCACUUCAGAUUGAUCACAAACUGACUUGGUCAUAUAUGGUCUGAUUGUAUGAAUCAAUUUCUUUCUUUUCUCUUUCCUCUGAUGCUGUCAGCAAUGCUGGAGAGCUACAGCAGAUACUGACACUCAUUUUAAAUACAGAAAAGCAGACAGAGGGCAAAUGGUCAAAGAUCAGUGACACCCCCCCCCCCCCCUUUUUUUUUUUUCAUCUGUCAGUGUUUUCAUAAUAAAGUCUUGUUUGUGAAGGUUUCACUCACCAUCUCUUCCACUGUCCCUGCCCCGAACACUAGAUGCAAACAUUAAUGAACUCUUCUUUUAAGGCCUUUAGCUUUAUGGAAAAGUUCCACAAGUAAACAAAUGGAGAUUAUUUUACUUUUGCUCUGCCCUCUGUUUUCAGGAGAUAAGGUGGAAAGAAAGCACAAUUAGUAGAAAUCUACUGAAGUUUUAACCCAAAUUUAACAAACAUCUCAUCUUCUACUCUUGGUUGGCAAAAAUGAUAAAUAGACUGCAUUUAUACAGCGCUUUUCUGGUCUUAUUGACCAUUCAAAGCACUUAGUGUCAACAAGGUGGUAUAUGGGUUGUAUAUAGAUAAAUGUGAUAUAUUGCCAAUAGUGAAACCAAUAUGUAAAUAUGUAAAGGAAAAAAAAAAACUGCUCAUUCUUACUGUUGGGUUGAAAUGAAAUAGGAAAAAUAACACUGGAGCUUGUAGUGAAUAAAUAUUGUUAAUACAUCCUA